UGUGUACGACGUCACGAGCAAAAACAAGGAGGACCACAAGCGAUUGUUGGAAAGCUAACUGGGUUGAAUGCUUAUGGACAUGCAUUUGCUUAGCUAAACAGCGGUCACUCGCGGAAUCCAUAAACACACGUGUAAAUAGAUCAACACGCGAGGCUCGACUAUGGUUUCCAUAACUUGUUGUUGUGUAAUGUCACGGUUUUUUGACGUGUUUACGCCGUUAACGUUGGCUAGCAUACGAAUGCUACCGCUAAGCUAAGGAGCCCCAUUAGCUUGCUCGGUGAAAAUCUGAAUUUACAUGAAGGCUGUUCGUAUCUGUAAAUAGCUCGUUGGGCAUCGCUAGUUCAGCCUUUUAACGUGUAUAACUGAAUGAAUAUCUGUUUAUUGUUCAUCCGCGUUGCCUGGAAUACCCACACCAAGACGUGGAUGUAAAGCAAUGGUGUUACGUUACAGCGUAAACAACCUGUGGUUGCUUUUUCCGAGAGCAAAUAUAUAGGAAUCUAUUUUUCCUCACAAACACGCGGAAUUCCGUUAUAAGACACGAGACCCUGACGGUCAAUCAUGUCGGACCUGGACACCCUCAUUGUAACUUUCCAGACCCAGCUGUCGGAUGUAAUGGAGACCGUAGUAAAGACAGCCAUGUACGAGGUCACCAGGCUGGUGGAGGACGGCUUCUUGGAGGAGAUGCAGCGCAGGAACCAGGAGGUGGAGUCCCUGAGGAUGCAGCUGCGAUGGGCUGAGACCAAGUUAAGUGACCAAGGGGGGAAAGAGGGACGGAAAGCUGGGAGGUGUGUCGAUGGUUCAAAGGAUGAUGUGGAACUGUCCAGUGAUACUGAAGAAGAAAGGCCCACAGUACAGCAAGAUGACAUGUUUGGGGGCUGUGGUGUGAAAGAAGAAGGCGACUCUGUUGAAAGGUGGUCAAUACGCUGCACACAGGAAGUCAUUCCAGAGUCGACACAGGCAGAAGACAGUACUACGUCCACGUUCAGUCCUGCCAGAAAGUCACUGACGACAGAAGAUGAUGAUGUGUUGCCAGCGCUGGAUGUGAAGGAUGAAGAUGCCUAUAAGCCAUCUUGUUUUUCUGUGCAUUGGAGCGGUCCUCUUGAUGGUGAAGCGGAAGCUGAAUCCCACAGCGCUACUGAGAGGACAGAGGCACAACUAAGCCAGCCUCAAGAGAACAGCGAGACACUAUUGAGGGACGUUAUCAAGCAAGACCCGCAGAUCUCUGCUGCAUACGUCUUUCCUGAAGAGCAGGAGGAAAUGCACAUGGCCACAGAUCCAUCUUUAGUGAUGGACAGUGGGUGGGCUGGCAUGACUGUCACAACACCUGGUUUACUGCAGACUCACAGACUUGCAAUUGAACAGGACUGUGAUCCAGUCAAAGCUGAAGGUCCCCUGGAGCAAACCCAACACGAGCUGUCCAACUGUGUCACAGCACAUGUUGAUGUUCUGGUUACCUCAGAUAGAGAUCCGAUCUCAUCCUCAGCGUCCCCGAACUCAAGACUGCACAACAGUGACGCGUUGGGUGUGACUAUCAAGCAGGAGGUUGUGGAUUCGGAUGUGUGUGUGGAGAGUGAGCCUAACAAAAAGAACAUGACUAAGUCUAGAAUGGCAUCUUUCUCAUGCUCAGUAAAACAGCACAGAGGGAGUUCAGAAGCACUUAAGCACAACCGCAUCUCCCACAGAGCCACUGUGCAGGAGGUUAUGAAGCUACAUUCCAAAGUGGGUACAGGUUUCAGAUUGCAAGCUGCUAUACAGCACCUCCACAGACCCAUGAAAAAGGCCCCUCACACACACCUGAACGCUGCUAACGCCGCACUGUCUAUAGCUCACUCUCAUGCUGUAAACUUAAACCCCCUCAACAGACCUGCAUCCACAUCUAAAGCGUCUCCUCCUCCUCCACUCUCAGUGCAGCGAGUUCACCUGGGCGACAAACAGGCCGCAGCACAUAAUCGAACUGGUGUCCCGUGGGUCAGCAUCAAAACACACCCGUCUGCAAACUCUCUUUGCAGCAACCCCUUACCCCAUCUGGACUCUCACCCUCACGCUGGCCCCAGGCACCUCCUGCGCUGCGGCCAGUGUGGGAAGUGCUUUCCCCACCCCAGCAACCUGAAGGCCCACUUGCAGACUCACACAGGCGAGCGGCCUUUCUGCUGCUCCCUCUGUGGUCGCAGCUUCACCAAGCUGAGCAACCUCAAGGCCCACCGACGGGUCCACACAGGAGAGAGACCGUACUGCUGCUUGGCCUGUGGCAAGCGCUUCACCCAGAAAUGUAACCUGAAGCGCCACCAGAGAAUCCACCUCGAUGGAUGAUGAUGGACAGCCAGUGAUACAAGGACGAGUAUGGUGUGUUUCCUUUAGAUUAAGAUGCUGCGGUGUUUCUGUUGCAAUGUUGAAGAUGAUUUAAGACGAGUGAUUGUACCAAGGUGUCCUGUGCAUUCCAGAAGGUUCAUCUCGUGUCUUGUUGUCGUGUUAUGAAAGGAUGAAAGGCAGUGUGAGUCAUGCAGAGAUAGGUCAGUUGUCACUCGAUCAAUAAAUAUUUAUUCUGUGAAUUCAACACAUGAUUCUGCUCAUUGUGCCUUUGAGCACAAGCACACUUCCUGUAUACGGAUCAGGGCCGUAUUCAUUAACCUGCUCUUCACUUUUACUCACGCUCACAAACAUAAAUGAAAGUUAUUCAUCGAAUUACUUCUGUCUUGAAAAUACUUCUAUGUAAUAAAACAGCUGAGCUGCAGAAGUCUCUAAACUUGGAGUAGAAGAGGUGAGCACGCGUUCCUAGACUACUCCCAUCGGCCCAGACCUACGAUGACUAACAUGUUCGUGGAACCGCAAGAGUUCACAAAUGUGUCACUUUAGCCGAGUAUUGCAUUUAAAAGGACAUUACGCCACUUUUCAGUUUGUUAUUUGUUUUUCUUAUUGUUUCCAUUAUUAUUGAUCCUCACCAUGUGUUCACAUGUUACCAGUGAGUUAGGUUCACGUGCUGCGUGUAGUGGAUCAAAAAAACAGAUUUUCUUAAAAGGCAUGAAUUCAUAUUGAUUUCACAAUCUCAACAAAUAUGAUUAAUAGGCCAAUCGCAUGACAAAAAAGCAUCAUAAAAAAAAGGAAACAUUGACACUGAUUGGCUCCUACUCCAAGCGUACAUGUGCUCUUACACUUAACUUUAAGUAAUCAUAAUAAAUAACUACAUUUUAUUUAUAGAGUGCUUUUCAGAGUUCUCAAGAAGAAAGUAGCUUGAACAUGUGUCUUAUACUUCACACUCAAAGAACUGAUUUGCUCAUUAAUUAGCUCUUCAGUGGUAAAUCCGAGCUGGUCAUGUGACGAGAACAUUCAACAUUAAACAAUUUUAAGACGUUUUUUUUCCCUCCAAUUGAAAGUUAUUUUCUUAAAACUUCAGUAUGUUUUGCUUCUGUUAGAAUUGAGUAAACUGACAGCAGGUGACGUAUGAAUUUAUAUUCUGACUGAUUGUUUUACAACCAUAGUGUAGUACCUCCAUUGACCACGUGGUGUCAGCCUUUCACCUAACAGUGCAAAUAGAACGAGAGCAGAUAUUGUCAGAUGAAAUCCGGCCUUUUAUCUGGUUGCUAAUGUAUUAUUUAGAAUGGAGAAUAUAAUUCCAUUAGAGCAACAAGUCACAGCUCCUGCAGUCUGUAGACACUGUUUUAGUCUCUGUGUCCAAGCUUCUGUGUGCUCGUUACAUAUCUCAUGUUCAGGAUUCAGCUUGAUGUAUUGUAUCUGUAGUUGGAGUCGGAGCAGCACUGUGCAGGUGGUACAACAGAUAACAUUUUCACUGUGAGGACAAAGCUAGCAGAGGCUAAACCUUCUCUCAAAGAGAGAGAGAAUGUGCAUUAAAGCAGUUCUGUUCUAGAUGAUAUCUUUUCUUUUUGAUGUUUGAAGCCAAUAACGAAAAGUUAUCUAUGAAGAACAAUUGAGAAAUGCCUAUUUAGCUGAAUGUGCGGUGAGAACCAGACGGGCUGUGGCAGCUUGUAGGUUCUCUGUAUAGAUAUAAAUACUCUCCUGUAUGUUAGCCAACAUGCACCUUGUGUCUGUGCUAAAACAUGAGCUGCAGAAUGUGUUGAGCUCAUGUGAAUCUGUGAGGUUUCUACUGAAGAUGAUUCAUUACUUAAAAAAAAAAACACACACACACACACACCCCUCAAUUUGCUUACAUUUCCCAUUCCUCCUCUUCUCCAUAGCCUCCUCAUUUGGUCAUGAAUCCUGUUCUUUCUAUGGAGGUCAGUGAGUCAUACGCCUCACUCUGGCCGCUGUAUUAUGAGGAAUAAGAGAGACUGAUUCUGUGGAUCUGUUUGUCGUAAAGCUACUUCAAGCUAAGCUGCUGUUAAAAAACAACAUAUGUUUCCAUUGAAGUAACGAAGCCCAAAAGCAGCUGAAAUAGUACAUGACAGGAGCAAAGGAGGAGGUCAUGUGAUGUUAGAAGAGAUCUACGUAUAUACAUAUGGAGGAGGUCAUGUGAUGUUAGAAGAGAUCUACGUAUAUACAUAUGGAGGAGGUCAUGUGAUGGAUUGGUCAACUAAACAUUGGAUUUGAUCACAACAGAUACAGUUGGUCAACACAAGAAGCAUGAUCACAAUCACUCCCUAACCUUAACUGCAUGCUUAUAAUUGCAACCAUGAUGUCAGCGGCCCCCUACCUUUAAUAAAGUAGUCCUUUAACCAUAACCACAAUGUUUCCCAAACCUUAACAAAGAGCUUAUUUUAAGCCCAAGUAAGACCACCCAAGUCUUCAUAAAGCUCCUGAAAGGCACAUGUGUUCCUGCCGAUAGUGCUGUGAGAUGAUAAAAUGCUUCUUUGUCUGGUUCAAGAGGGCACGGACAAAAGUGUAGUCGUUUUAUUCGGAAGUCUUAUUGGAAAAUACUUCGCAUUUAUUACAGCCAUCACACAAGUGAACCGGGAACAGACAGCUGUGUGCUGAAGAGAUGUGCAAUGUUCUCACCCCAACC